UGUCAACAACUUUUAAUGAGCUCCCUUGGCGUCCUAGCCUCGCCCCCAGGCACUGGGAGCAUUGCAGAAAGAGAAAGAUUCUGUCCCUGUCCUCUAGGUGUUUCCAGUCUAGUUGGGGAGACAAAACAAAUACACAUUAAAUAGAUAACAGACAACUCCAACUCAUAAGGCUAUAAUAGAUAUGUAUAGAGCAUAGGUAUAAUGCACUGUAUUUAGGAAUUCCAAGCAGUUUGGAAGGUCAUGACCCCUCAGGAGUUGACCCAGAAGCUGGUGAAGGAGGCCCAGAGAAAGGUGCUGGGAGGCCCUCCUUGGCUUAGGAGGCCACUUCCAAAGCUGGGGCGCCCCAAGGAGGCACCAGUGGCCAGGAUGUCCACGCAGAGCACCCACCCCCCGAAACCUGAGGCCCCACGUCUGCCACCUGGGAUCCCCGAGUCCCUGAGCUGUCAGCGGCGCCACACACUCCCUGCCAGCGAGUUUCGCUGCCUCACCCCGGAGGACGCUGUCAGCGCCUUUGAGAUCGAGCGUGAAGCCUUCAUCUCCGUCUUGGGCGUCUGCCCCCUGUACCUGGAUGAGAUCCGGCACUUCCUAACCCUAUGUCCAGAGCUGUCCCUAGGCUGGUUCGAGGAGGGCUGCCUUGUGGCCUUCAUCAUCGGCUCGCUCUGGGACAAGGAGAGACUCACGCAGGAGUCGCUGACGCUGCACAGGCCUGGGGGCCACAUAGCCCACCUGCAUGUGCUGGCCGUGCACCGCGCCUUCCGGCAGCAGGGCAGGGGCCCCAUCCUGCUGUGGCGCUACUUGCACCACCUGGGCAGCCAGCCGGCCGUGCGCCGGGCCGCGCUCAUGUGUGAGGACGCGCUGGUACCCUUCUAUGAGAGGUUCAGCUUCCAUGCCGUGGGCCCCUGCGCCAUCACCGUGGGCUCCCUCACCUUCACGGAGCUCCACUGCUCCCUGCGGGGUCACCCCUUCCUGCGCAGGAACAGCGGCUGCUGAACUGGGCUGCCCACCUGGCUGCCAACGUGAUCCCUGUCUCUGCCCUGGGCUCCUCUUAGCUCAGCUGAGCAUGGAGACAGCAGUUUCCAGAGAGCGGAGAGAGCAGGGCUAAAUAAAGAGGAGAUAAGGUGGCUUCUCAUGGCGCGA